CGAAACGCAUGCAUUCAAUAUUGGUUGUAGAUGCUGAAGAUAUAAUUCGACAGAUAAUAGCAACCAUGACUUUGAGAUCUCUUUUAUCGAUUGUGGUUAUAUCUAGUAUAAUUCUUCAUGUGUACAGCGAGACGAUUGACCAAAAAAUUUUCAAGUCAGAUUCAUUGACAGAAGACGCUAACUUUUUUAAACUACUGGAAAUGAUCCAACAUGAAAACGCACAUGCUAGACAUCUUAUGAAUUUCAAGAAAUCGCUGGACUCAAAAAGAAAAUCUAUUCCCUCAACGGUCUACAAAAGAAUGAAAACGAAAGUCCUGGACUCUUUGAAGGAAGAUUUCCUCCGUCGCCGUGCAUUAUAUGAUGAGCAAGUUAAACAGUUAAAGUCAAUUGAGUGCCACCUGAAUACAAUUCCGGUAGAGGUACCCUAUCCAACGACUGGAUUUUCCUUCCCUGCUUUCAUCGAAUUGAAUCAGUGUAUCGGUGGAUGUGGAUUCCGUCCGCCAUAUCUAAUCCACUGUGCACCACAAGAAGCACAUCCAGUCUAUUUUAACGCCAUCGUAUUCGACGGCACAACCCACAAUAUUGAAGUGAAAAAGAUGUUCAAUCAUACGAAAUGUGGAUGUCAGUGUACCGUACAAGAACAUCAUUGUAAUAACGAAACUGAAACGUAUGAUGCUGUUGAAUGUAAAUGCAAGUGUAAAUUUCUCCCGCAUAAAUGUGACCAGGUCACGAAGCAAUGGGACACGGAUCAUUGUGGCUGCAAAUGUAUUUAUCCGCCUUACGCAUGUUCAAACACCAACAAAUUAUGGAGUUCAGAUACCUGUGAUUGCCAAUGUCGCCCUGGUAUAGAGAGCCGAUGUAAAAGAAAAAACAAGUUAUUGAAUAGCAAUACAUGCGAAUGUUAUUGUUCACCAAAUAUAAAGUGCCCAACUGGAACAAAAUUAAACAAAUCGGACUGCACUUGUUCAUUACAAGCCUGAAAUAUUUGGCAUCUU